UCCAAUCCCAUUGUUGUGUUUGCCCUUGAUCUAAUGUCCACAUAUGAGGGAGAACAUAUGAUUUUUGGUCUUUUGGGCCAGGCUAACCUGCAAGUGUGCAAAUUGACUAAUCUUUCUGAUCUCAGCUUCUGGGAUAGAAUCUGGAGCUCUCAGACAUACCUCCCAGAAUUGUCAUUUGGAAACCCCAUGAGCACUUUGAAAUUGCUUCCAAUUAAAUAUGAAAUGUGUAGGUUGAAUAAUAAGUAGAUUAGAAUGCUAAUCAGUGUAGGCAACUUUAUGUUUUAUGAAAGUGAGCAAGGCUUUGGUGAGGAAUUUUUCUAGAAGGCCGUCAGAUUGACACCAAUAAAUCAGAAGUAUUCCAGCUAAUGGCUGUUACUGGGGCAAAAACUUCAAUAACAUGCAUGAGGUAUUGAUUUCUCUUACUAGGGAUAAGUACAUUUUAAGAGAUGUUUAAUAGAUUCUGAGUGCCAAAGAUUGUAAAUAUUGAAACUUCUGUAGACUUAUCUACAUGCUACCAAACACAGCCUUGGUCUUCUGAGAGAUGAGAAGGCACAGAUAAUGGUUUGAAGAAGUUUGCUAUAUUUCUGACCAUUGCAAAAAAAAAAAAAAGCCUCAAAUUCGGGUAGAAGUUCUAGAACACAUUGCAAGCCAAUUUUCCCCAAUCCUUGACAGUCAUCUCAAUUGAGUAAGGAACUGUUGUUUGCUUUCAAUGACCCCCUUUUGUUUGUCUUGCUUUCUCCUGUCGUGAAGACAUCUAUUCAAAUAGUUAAACCAACAGGUGGCCUGUCUAGGUGAGGGUAGCCUUCUCCUCCAUGGUUUUGCUUUCUAUCAUCUCAUUUACCUGUGUUCAACCAUUAUCUGAGAAUAUAAAUUUGAAAAUUGAUAAUUGAAAACUUUUAAUGAACAGUUCUUAAGUUUUAAAAGAGUUUAAUUAUGGCAUAUCAUCAUAAUUGUUGUACUUUGUCCCUAAUGUUAUUAAUGUCUUCCUGUGUCUAUGAUUAAACUUCCUCAUAGGUGUGUGCAACAGAAAAACCUAGUGUAUACUGGGUUUGGUACUGUCCAGAGUUUCAGGCACCCGUGGAACAUCUUAGAAUGAGCCCCCUGUGGUUAAGGGACUACUGUGUAUUAUUUUAUGCUUGUUUUGUAAACAAGGCCAGUUCUGGCUUUCCUUCAACAAUGAGUGAGCACAAAUAGCUUUCUGUUUCAGAGGAAGAAGGGGCUGGAGAAGGCAGUUAUACUGUUGGUUGGGUUUGAGGCAGGUAUUAUAUGCACUUGAACUAGUCUUUGAUCGAGAUUUUUAAGAUGUUUCUAUAUGUCUUUCAGGUGGUCUCAGCCCACAUGUGCACCUGAGGCUGUUCAUUUGUAACAGCGACUGCUGAUCUCACUAGCUUCUUUGUGGUUUCAGUGAUUGUAGUGGAUACCAUACUGGCUGGUGAUGUUGCCUUUGCCUGUAUAUAAGAUUAGACGGUUGUAGGCUCUGAGGUCUGCUUUCUUUGAGACUUUGGAUGUAUCUAUUAUGUUCUUUCCUGAAGUGUUCCACAUUUCAAAUUGGAUAGCCUUAUUUAAUAUUAUACAAAGUCAUGGUUCUUCAGAGCUUAGAACUGUUAGAUGCCAGUAUAAGAAGAUGAAAUUAAGGCCUUGGGACAGUUACUGGACCAAGUCCAGAACACACGCUACCUCUCCUUAUUUCAUUGGGAUGAGCCAGGGGGCUUACAUGAGAGGAUAAAGUAGCAAGGUAUAAAGGCAUAGUGGAACAAGCACAUGCUUUGCACUGCCAGCCCUGGUGUUACCACUUCAUUAUCUCCAAGUUUCUCAAUCUCUCCAAGCCUGCUCCUUAUUUGGGAAAGGGGAUUAAUACUUCACAGGUUGUUGUGAAGAGUAAGUGGCUAUUCAAUAUGGGUAUCUGGGCCUGUGCAGUGACUUACAUGACAUGUGUGGUGACUUGAGUCAGUGUCCAGCAUAGGAGCUGUCCCCAUCUUAAGGUCAGCCCCAGGUGCCUGAUCCCCCCACCCAGGGGAAACUCAGGUGCUCCAGCAGUUCUUACCUUAGUGCCUAGUGCAGGACUGCUGCUCUUCAGCCUGCCCUUGGUAGUUGAUGGGGGGUAGAGAGGAGGGAGAUGUGACUGUGUCAUCUGCUCUAUUGACAGCUAUCUAUCACACCUGUGAGGCCUCCAACUUCCAGUGCCAUAAUGGGCACUGCAUCCCGCAGCGGUGGGCGUGUGACGGUGACACAGACUGUCAGGAUGGUUCUGAUGAGGAUCCAGUCAACUGUGAGAAGAAGUGCAAUGGGUUUCGCUGCCCGAAUGGCACUUGCAUCCCAUCCAGCAAACAUUGUGAUGGUCUACAUGACUGCUCGGACGGCUCAGAUGAACAACACUGUGAACCCCUCUGUACUCGCUUCAUGGACUUCGUGUGUAAGAACCGCCAGCAGUGCCUGUUCCACUCCAUGGUGUGUGAUGGGAUCAUCCAGUGCCGUGAUGGCUCAGACGAGGAUGCUGUGUUUGCAGGAUGCUCCCAAGACCCGGAGUUCCACAAGGUGUGUGAUGAGUUCGGUUUCCAGUGUCAGAAUGGCGUAUGCAUCAGUUUGAUUUGGAAAUGUGAUGGGAUGGAUGAUUGUGGCGACUACUCUGAUGAAGCCAACUGUGAAAACCCCACAGAAGCCCCAAACUGCUCCCGCUACUUCCAGUUCCGGUGUGAGAAUGGCCACUGCAUCCCCAACAGGUGGAAAUGUGACAGGGAGAAUGACUGUGGGGACUGGUCAGAUGAGAAGGAUUGUGGAGAUUCACACUUUCUUCCCUCCCCCACUCCUGGACCUUCCACGUGUCUGCCCAAUUACUUCCGCUGCAGCAGCGGGGCCUGCGUGAUGGACACCUGGGUGUGUGAUGGCUACCGGGACUGUGCGGAUGGCUCAGAUGAGGAAGCCUGCCCCUCGACUGCAAAUGUCACUGCUGCCUCCACUCCCACCCAGCUUGGGCGAUGUGACCGAUUUGAGUUCGAGUGCCACCAACCAAAGAAGUGCAUCCCCAACUGGAAGCGCUGUGAUGGCCACCAGGACUGCCAGGAUGGCCAGGAUGAGGCCAACUGCCCUACACACAGCACCUUGACCUGUAUGAGCAGGGAGUUCAAGUGUGAGGAUGGCGAGGCCUGCAUCGUGCUCUCAGAGCGGUGUGACGGCUUCCUGGACUGCUUGGAUGAGAGCGACGAGAAGGCCUGCAGUGAUGAGUUAACUGUAUACAAAGUACAGAAUCUUCAAUGGACAGCGGACUUCUCUGGGGAUGUAACUUUGACCUGGAUGCGGCCCAAGAAAAUGCCCUCUGCUUCUUGUGUGUAUAAUGUCUACUACAGGGUGGUUGGAGAGAGCAUGUGGAAGACUCUGGAGACCCACAGCAAUAAGACAAACACUGUGCUAAAAGUCUUGAAGCCAGAUACCACCUAUCAGGUUAAGGUCCAGGUUCAGUGUCUCAGCAAGGUGCACAACACCAAUGACUUUGUGACGCUGAGGACUCCAGAGGGGCGUAAGUGUUGAAUUUAUCUUUAUGACAUGUGUAAGACCUUAGUUUCCCAAGGAUGCUCAAGAGUUGGUCAACACUCUGUCUUACACCUGUUGAAGUAUGUGGCUAAGUUUUAUGAUCUCUCCUCAUUAGGAGAGAGUGUUCUUGUACCUUAAGUUAAUUUCAGAGUCUUUCCACCAUUGCCUGCUCUUUGUAUUCUAUCUUCCUUCUCUAGAUGCUUCCUAGUACUUGGUACUUCAGAGCCACCAUUUACAAAUGAGGCACAUCAAUAGUUCUGGGCUAAGUUUUGAUGAAAUAUAACAAAUUCAUGUGUCUUAAGAGAGUCCCCUCCUUUCUCCUCCCUUCAAAGCAGUCGACAGAGGUGACUGUCUACUUAGUGUCGUCAUUUUCCCAUCGGCUUGAAACAUCUUGAACAUACUGUCCCAGAACUCACUAAGGUGGUGCUCUGGAGACGAUCACACUCAUUUGGACCUAGAAUUUCUGUGAUGCUGGAAAAUUCGUCUUAUUCCUUGGAAGUGUGCCCAUGAUUUCUGUUUUGUGCAAUGAUAGGUCAAGGCAGCAGAGGCUGUUGUUGACAAUUAAGAGCUCAACACUGAAGUCUAGGGGCAGUGGUGACCCAGCCUGCCCAAGUGAGUCUAGCCUGCAGACUGUGUGACCCACACGAUUACAUCAGAUCAACUAAGCUGUUACCCACUGCAGGUAUAGCACUCCUUGCUUUCUGCAAGAAGCAAAAAUGGUGUCUUGUCAAUGUGGAGAUCACACCACCAAUCUUCUUAAUGGCUAGGUUCAAAUGCUAGCUCUAGAUUCUUUCUUGCCCUUGUCUUAAGCUCAGGAAUGAAUCUCUAGUU